CAGCAGCGUAUACCGAGGAUGUCGGAGUCUACCUCUACAGACGAGAAAUCUUCUUCAAUCCCUCAGCCGAAAGACGACCACGUAACAGCCGACACAAUGUCGCCUGGUCCUGUGGAUCUCUGCUUCGAGACAGCAGCAAGAAAACAGGUCGUUUCAAGAGGCGAUCUAUCCCGUGAACAAAACGACCGGCCUAUGCGAAACAGAUUCCGGCAAUUGCAACACAACCGGUACCAGCCUGAGUGGUUAUGGGAUCGAGUCAAGGAACCUGUCUGCCAGAUCCUCCCCAAGACCACCUUCCUGGAACUGCUCGCCACGUACUGGGAUCCUCCUCACCACUGGGACCUACCUUCAAUUACUACUCUGAGUCGUGUCCUCCAUAUCAACGAACUGGCCGAUAAAAUUCUCGGCAACCUCAGACGUAAAGACCUCAUGAGCUGUUUGCAAGCCACCCGAAUGCUGCGCCGUGCAGUGCAAACGUCCCCAACUGCUCAGGCGCAUCUUUCAAUCUUGCCCUUUGAGCCUGCCGGCGAGCUUCACCGCGCAGACACAUGCUGCCUUCCAUUCCCAGAGAAUCGUGGAUGUCCCAUGCUGAUCACCAAAGAGAUCGGUCGGCGCAGUAAUACCGGGCAGCUUGCACAUCACAUCUUCAUCGACAUCUACUUUGGUCAUGACGGCCAUGGACCUAACGAUUUCGACAUCGCAGGCAGCUGGGCAGACAUGAAGCUUCCUGACAUGCCGGAGACUAUCAAGUGGAAGGCCUGGGUCGAUU